CAAUUUUCUCCGUAUUUAUUUGUACUUCCCGGUUUCAUUUGGCGCUUCGCUUACACUUUCCCUCUCUUUGUACUUCCCGGUUUCGUUUGGCGCUUCGCUUGCAGUUUCGCUCUCUCUGGAAGCUUGCUUCCAUUUUCAGUGCCUAAUUCGGUAUUCAUCUGUAGGCACUGCAAAUUCUUCAUGCAUUGGAAAUAAUGAAAAAGCAUGCAGGAUGGGGAAAGGGAGAAGAACGAACAACUUCAGACCUAGUGGAAGUGCAGCUCCUGCUCCAACUCAGGCAACAAGCCAUGUAAAACAAAGAGGUUUGGCGAAGAGUCACCUUGGUGGUGUCAUAUUUGGCUGCACUAACAGCACAAUAAAAGAAUGUUUUUCCAAACAACUCUUUGGCUUACCAGCUGGACACCAUUCGUACAUAAAGAACAUUCAUGCUGGCCAACCGUUGUUUUUGUUCAACUACAGUGAUAGACAACUUCAUGGAAUCUUCGUGGCUGCUAGUCCAGGCCAAAUGAAUAUUAAUCCAUAUGCAUGGACCAUAGAUGGUGAAGAGAGAACUCAAUAUCCUGCUCAGGUUCAAAUCCAUGUCCGGUUACUGUGCCAUCCACUGUCUGAAGAACAAUUUAAGCCUGCAAUUAGUCAGAACUACUACAAUCAACGCCAUUUUUUGUUUGAGCUAGACCAUGCUCAAACAAGUAAGUUGAUAUCCUUGCUAUCAUCUCAGCCUAUUGCCCCAAGUACUUUUUUUCCUGAGGAUUCAACAAGGAGAGCUCUACUCCAAACUGUACCCUCAAAUGAUAGGAGAAAAGAAAUUGAAGCUUUGAACCCACCAGACUUAAAGAUUGAUUUUCCUGAGCUGGACUAUUCCAUUGGGUUGGGCUCUUCAGAUAUUGCCACAUGCUUAGAUCCUGAUGACAAACAUUUGAAAAAUUUCUUAGAUGACCCAGUGAUGAAGAAAGAGGAGACCCUUAUAGAUGUGAGACGAAAAGAAUCAACUCUUAAUCAGGAGUGCUUGGACCUGCCUUCAACAAGUGUUGAAGAUGCCCCUCUUGUAAGUAAUGUGGACCCAAGGCAUAAUGAUACCAUGGAGGCACAGAUAAAUUCAGAAAAAAGGAACGAAGAAAGCAUUGUUGACUCAUUUGAUUAUCCUUCUGUCAUAACUCAGUUAAUCCAAGGAGUGGAAGCAUUGAAUGGUUUUAACAAAGAGAAAAAUGAUAAGCUGAGUUGCCUAGAGCAUAAGCUGGUUAAGGCAAAGAAAGAAAUUGAAUCUCUCAAAAUAAAGUGUGUGAUUUUGGAAUCAAAGUCACUUCCUUUCACGACAAAGAUUGAUGAAAUGAAUACGGAAUCAAUUGAUGAUUUGAUAUUUCUUAUGGGAGGAUAUGAUGGUGUUACAUGGUUAUCAACAUUGGAUUCCUACUCUCCAAUGCAUGAUGUGAUAAAGCCUUUAAAGCCGAUGAACUUCGUUCGUUCUUAUGCCGCUGUUGCAAUAUUGAAAGAUGAGUUUUGGAUAUUUGGUGGUAGAGAUGGUAGCUCAUGGCAUGACACAGUUGAAUCAUAUGAUCCAGCCAAUAACCAGUGGACUGUGCGUCCAUCAUUGAAAGUCAAAAAGGGUAGUUUAGCUGGUGCUACUCUAAAUAACCAAAUUUUUGCAAUUGGUGGUCGAGAUGGGGUUGAAAGCUUUGCUGAUGUAGAAAUGUUUGAUAUAGAUGGUGGACACUGGAUUUCUAAACCGUCAAUGGUACAAAAGAGAUUUGCUCUUGCUGCAGCAGAACUUAAUGGUGCACUAUAUGCAGUUGGUGGCUUCGAUGGAAUGUACCUAAAGUCUGCUGAAAGGUUUGACCCCAGAGAACAUUCAUGGAUUAGAAUUGGGAGUAUGAACAUACAGAGGGCAUGCCAUUCACUGGCAGUUCUGAAUGAAAAGAUAUAUGCUAUUGGUGGUUACGAUGGAGCUGCAAUGGUUCCAAACGUUGAAAUUUUUGACCCUCGUCUUGGUUCAUGGAUAACUGAGGAGCCAAUGAACCAAGCCAGGGGAUAUUUUGCUACUGCUGUUUUUAGGGGAUCAAUAUACGCAAUUGGAGGGGUGGACAAUGGGGAAAGCAUUUUAGAAACUGUUGAACGGUACAAGGAAGGCCGAGGAUGGCAAGCUACCAAUUUGGGGGCCAUUGGGAAAAGAUGCUUCCUCUCGGCUAUAGUCAUGUGAAUGGUGUUCAUCCUUUUUAACUAUUAUUACAAGGCUGAGAAGCAUAUGAUAUGAUAGGACUGAAAUUGAUGUUUUGGCAAUCAGUUUUUGUUCCAUCUAUGCUGCCGUUGCGUAUAGUUUUUGGACCUUUUUCUCCUCUAAAUAUGCAUAUAGGUUACACUCUGUGUGUGGUUUGGAUGUAAUUGUGAUCCGGUGGAUGAUAGAUAUAAUAUGUGAUUGUAAUUGUUGCGACACCUUGUAUGGAAGGAGAACGCACCAUAGUCAGCCAUUGCCCAAAAUGGGCAGCCAAGCCAAUAAAGGGCAAUGAUUAUUUUUCUGUACCAAAUUAAGAGUCUUGAACACGAUUUCUCGAGCU